GUCGCGUUCAGUUGCUCGCGAGACAUCGCAGGAAACGUCGUGUUCGUAUACUUUGUUUAUCUUUUUACGUAUAUCUAUUGCAACUACGUAUCAUGACGCGACUACGCGCUACUAACGGCAAUGUAUUAGAUGCGAAUCAACAGAAAGAUGUUUUUUAAUUUUUGAGAUCAAAAAGUUUCAACAACGAAUUGUUUUCAUCUAUUAACUUCUAGUUCUUUCUUAUAGUGGUGAUCUUUUACUAUCUGGUGGUGCGUGUGUUGUGUUGGUGUUAACUUUUUAAAACAACAACUAGCGUACUUAAAACCCAUAGGAUUGUUUUUUUAUGUCUCUCUUGGCGACGAUGUACGGACAAGGUUACAAUGCCAACGGCGGUGCUUAUAAUUGGUAUCCAUCGGCGGCGGCUAACCAGCUUCAAUCGCCGAUGGUACCCAACAUGGUUCACCCCCAACACCAACAGCACCUUCGGGGGCAAUAUGCGGCUACGAGCACCACGUCCUACCAUCACUUGAUGGAAGCUCCGCCGAGUAACAGUCGUGAGAUGAGAAACCGAGCUGAAAAAAUGCGAAGGGAUAAACUGAACGCUUUCAUUGGUGAGUUGGCGACUCUUGUACCGAUGGUUUCUCGAAGCGCCAAAAGGAUGGAUAAAACCAGCAUCUUAAGAUUAACAGCCAGUCAUUUAAGGAUACAUCAAAGAUUACUUAAUCGUAAAGAUGAGUUAAACCUAAAUAUCCCAGACGUUGACCAAUCGUUAUUAGAAGAUUUGGUACAAGAUCAACUCCGUGGAUUUCUCAUGAUCCUAACGACAAGUGGUAAAAUUGUUUUCGUGUCUCAAGCCGUGGAGCACUUGCUCGGACAUUUACAGACUGAUCUCAUGGGCCAAUCCAUAUUCAAUUUGAUAUCUGCUGAUGACACCGAACGGUUUCGAAUGUACAUAAGCACAGUGAAUGACAUCUCGGAUAACGAUUGGAGAAAAUACUUUAACAUGCAUCUGAAACGUGCCGGGCCAAGAAACGAAGCGGCAGUUUACGAAGUUGUUAACAUUACCGGAACACAACUUCGCGAUCCAACAGCUAUUCCUGCUUCUAGUAGUAAUCGCGAACUCGCCAUUCCUAAUCUUGGCUCAAACGAUUUAUGGAUAUUUUUUAUGAGGGUAUUAAAAACUGAUUUAACAAUUGAGCAAACCCUCGAUACCAACGACGAGUACAUCACAAGGCACCUUCUCGAUGGGCGAAUUAUUAAUUGCGAUCAUCGUAUAUCUUUUAUAGCAGGCUAUUUGAAGGAAGAAGUUUCUGGUGUUUCAGCUUUUAAAUAUAUGCAUCGAGAGGAAGUGCGAUGGGUGAUGAUUGCAUUAAGACAAAUGUACGAUCGUGGUGAGAGCCGAGGUUCAUCAUGUUAUCGUUUACUAUCAAGAACUGGUCAGUUUAUAUAUUUAAGGACGACAGGAUAUCUUGAAAUCGACAAUACGGGAACCGUCGAAAGUUUUAUUUGUGUAAACGCGGUUGUAUCGGAGAGAGAAGGACAGGAACUGAUUAAACAAAUGAAAGAGAGGUAUUCGGCGCUGAUCAAAAAUGGCACAUCUUUAAUGAGUGUAAGUGCUAAUGAAACAGAAGCACCACAAGGGGUGGACGAUCCGCAACAACUAGAUGUGGCGAUCGCUCAUUUAUUGCAUAGGUUACCAUCACCGGAUUCGGACAAUGAAUCGAAUUCAAGCCCGCGUUCUGUAAUUGGAGAGAGUCAAGACUUUAACCACUCGGACACUAACCACUCCACAACUUCGUCAUCGUCCACAACGAACUAUACGUACUGCUUUAAAGGGAAAGGAUCGGGAAGUAAGAGGCCACCGCCGGUUGUGUCACACCAAGAAGCUUCAAGUGCGACGAAAAGACACAAGAAGUCUCAAUCGAGCGAUGACGGCCUUGGAGAUUCAAUUUCCACGACGUCGCCAUCUUCUUCGUCGUUGACAUCGACGUCGUCUUUACCGCAGGGUUAUCACAUAACGGAUAUUUCGGAUAAUAGGUGAUGAUAGUUUUGGUUGGAUUGUGAACCAAAGGUGAAAUAAAAACAAGAGUCCAACAAAAAAAGCAAAAGUCACUAGGGAUACUAUGUACUACUAGGGUUUGUGCCAUUGAUUUUUCAAGACUGAUCAUUAUUUGCCCCGGAUUGAAGAUUUUAGAGGGAUUUUCAAAAACAAUACAGCAAAAAAAAAACCGAUCGCUGACGAUCCUGUACGUGCGUACUUAACUUUCUAUAAUCAUAUUAAAAAAAUACAAAUUAAUUUCUUAAAUUAGAAAGUAACAAAAUCAACAAAAUAUUUUAAUUUUAAUUGUUUUUAAAGAAAUUGUUUUUAAUUAUUAAUUUUGAUAGAAUGAAUGAAAAAUUGGUGUAUUUAAAACGACGUCCUUCUCAUACUGUGAUAUAUUUUUGUAAUUUGUAUAAGAAUUUAAGAAAUAAAGAUCAACAAAGGGGUUGAUUUCGGGGGAAAAUGUGCAAAUGAAAUUUGAGAUGAAAGUAAUGUUAAAAAAUAAGUAGUUUUAAAUUAACGUAAUUUUAUCGAAAUUUGUUUCUUUUGAUUUUAUGACUCAAUA